AUGGGCGAUGAUUUCUUUUGCAGCACGCUUAAUGGAUUGGUUAAUGGUGAUGAUAUUGGCAAAAUUUUAGAUGAAUCCGCCAUAGAUGAGUGCGAUGAUAGCAUAAGUAAUGCCAGUCAGAUGAAUUUGGUUGAUAAGUCAUGGGAUGAUGAAAUUAACACUCUCACUGGUUUUGAAUUGGUCAGUAGAGGAGAAUCGGAUAAAUCUCAGGAAAUUACUACAUUUAAAGUUGACAAACCGAUAUUGUCCAAAAUAUCCUCACUAACUACAAUUCAUAGCGGCUACCGCUCUCCAACAGUGCAAAACAUAGUGGCAUCUGUGUAUAUUGGCAUUGAUAUUGACCUAAGGCAGGUGGCUAUAUCCACUCGUAAUGCUGAAUACAAUCCUAAAAAGGUUAAUGCCCUAAUUUUUAGGUUACUAAAACCUAAGUGUACAUCGCUCAUGUUCCAAACGGGCCGUAUUAUGAUUACAGGUGCUAAAACAAUAGAAGAUGCAAAAAUUGGCGCUAAAAGGAUUGUUAAAUUGCUAUUGAAAGUUUUGAAAAGUGAAAAUAUAAGGUUUAAGAACUUUAAAAUUGAAAACAUUAUCGCAACAGCUGAUUGCUGCUUACCAGUCAGGCUUGAGUCUCUGGCUCGUGAUUAUAGGGAAUUUUGCAGCUACGAACCAGAGUUAUUUGCCGGAUUGGUAUAUCGGUGCCCUCCCACACGGAAUACUAAAGCAGUGCUUCUGGUGUUUGUAUCUGGGAAGAUAAUUAUCACUGGUUGUAAAUCUAUGAGGGAAGUACAUCGCGUGUUUACGUAUAUGUACCCCAUUCUUAGACAAUACCAGGUUUAG